AUGCGCGCCGGCUUCCGCGCGCUGACGUCACACGCCAGCGCCAGUGACGCGCCGGCCGCUCCCCCUUCCUCUGCAUUCGCUCUAGGGUUUUGGGGCGCUAGGGUGCAGAGUCGUCAGCUCCGAGUCGUAAGCAGCUCUCCGCGUAGCUCCGAGUCCAGUACCGGCGUUGCGAGGCAGAAGGACGUGACAGUAUAUCUGUUAAGAUGCCUUAGAAAAAGAAUCAUGGAGAAGUAUGUUAGACUACAGAAGAUUGGAGAAGGUUCAUUUGGAAAAGCCAUUCUUGUUAAAUCUACAGAAGAUGGCAGGCAAUAUGUUAUCAAGGAAAUUAACAUCUCAAGAAUGUCCAGUAAAGAAAGGGAAGAAUCAAGGAGAGAAGUUGCAGUAUUGGCAAACAUGAAGCAUCCAAAUAUUGUCCAGUAUAGAGAAUCAUUUGAAGAAAAUGGCUCUCUCUACAUAGUGAUGGAUUACUGUGAAGGAGGCGAUCUGUUUAAACGAAUUAAUGCUCAGAAAGGCAUUUUGUUUCAAGAGGAUCAGAUUUUGGAUUGGUUUGUACAAAUAUGUUUGGCCUUGAAACAUGUACAUGAUCGAAAAAUUCUUCAUCGAGACAUAAAGUCCCAGAAUAUAUUUUUAACCAAAGAUGGGACAAUACAACUUGGAGAUUUUGGAAUCGCUCGAGUACUUAAUAGUACUGUGGAGCUGGCUCGAACUUGCAUAGGGACCCCCUACUACUUGUCACCUGAAAUCUGUGAAAACAAACCUUACAACAAUAAAAGUGACAUUUGGGCUCUGGGGUGUGUCCUGUAUGAGAUGUGUACACUUAAACAUGCAUUUGAAGCUGGCAAUAUGAAAAACCUGGUACUGAAGAUAAUAUCUGGAUCUUUUCCACCUGUAUCUUUACAUUAUUCUUAUGACCUCCGCAAUUUACUCUCUCAGUUAUUUAAAAGAAAUCCUAGGGAUAGACCGUCAGUCAACUCCAUAUUGGAGAAAGGUUUUAUAGCCAAACGCAUUGAAAAGUUUCUCUCACCUCAGCUUAUUGCAGAAGAAUUUUGUCUAAAAACAUUUUCCAAGUUUGGAGCACAGCCUGUACCAGCUAAAAGACCAGCUUCAGGACAAAGCUUGGCUUCUCUUGUGUCUGCUCAGAAAAUUACAAAGCCUGCCGCUAAAUAUGGAGUACCUUUAACAUAUAAGAAAUUUGGAGAUAAAAAAUUACAUGAAAAGAAACCACUCCAAAAACAUAAACAGGCCCAUCAAAUUCCAGUGAAGAAAAUGAAUCCUGGAGAAGAAAGGAGGAAAAUGUUUGAGGAAGCAGCAAGAAAGAGAAGGUUGGAAUUUAUUGAAAAAGAAAAGAAACAAAAGGAUCAGAUUAGUUUAAUGAAGGCCGAGCAGAUGAAAAGACAGGAAAAGGAAAGGUUGGAGAGAAUAAAUAGGGCCAGGGAACAAGGAUGGAGAAACGUGCUAAGUACUGGUGGAAGUGGUGAAGUAAAGGCUCCCUUUUUUGGCAGUGGAGGGGCUGUGGCUCCAUCAUCUUUUUCUUCUCGAGGACAGUAUGAACAUUAUCAUGCUAUUUUUGAUCAAAUGCAGCAACAAAGAGCAGAAAAUAAUGAAACUAAAUGGAAAGGAGAGAUAUAUGGCCGAAGACAUCCGGAAAGGCAAAAGGGGCAGCUAGCUGUGGAAAGAGCUAAACAAGUGGAAGAGUUCCUACAGCGAAAACGAGAAGCACGGCAAAAUAAAGCUCGAGCUGAAGGACAUAUGGUUUAUCUGGCAAGACUGAGGCAAAUAAGACUGCAGAAUUUCAAUGAGCGCCAACAGAUUAGAGCCAAACUUCGUGGUGAAAAGAAAGAAGCUGAUUAUUCCGAAGGACAGGAAGGAAGCGAGGAGACUGACAUGCGGCGUAAAAAAGUUGAAGCAUUUAAGGCCCAAGCAAGUGCACGUGCUGCUGUACUAAAAGAACAAUUAGAACGAAAGAGAAAGGAAGCAUAUGAGAGAGAAAAGAAAGUAUGGGAAGAGCAUUUGGUGGCUAAAGGAGUAAAGAAUUCUGAUAUGUCUCCACCUUUGGGACAACAUGAAGCAGGUGGCUCUCCAUCAAAGCAACAGAUGAGAUCUGUUAUUUCUGUGACUUCAGCUUUGAAAGAAGUGGGAAUGGACAGGAGUUUAACUGAUACCCAGGAAACCUCAGAAGACAUGCAGAAGACUAACACUGCUGUUUCAAGUAAGCGAGAAAUACUACGUAGAUUAAAUCAAAAUCUUAAAGCUCAAGAAGAUGAAAAAGGAAAGCAAUGUCACUCUGAUACGUGUGAGAUAGUUGUUAAUGAAGAUGCCAAAGAACAUGAAAAAGAAAAAUCGGGUUCAUCUGAUCGCAAAAAAUGGGAGGCUGGAGGUCAACUUGUGAUUCCUUUGGAUGAGUUAACAUUGGACACAUCCUUCUCUGCAACUGGAAAACAUACAGUGGGAGAGGUUAUUAAAUUAGAUCCUGGUGGAUCUCCAAGAAAAGUCUGGGGGAGAAGCCCUACAGAUUCAGUUCUAAAGAUACUUGGAGAAGCUGAACUACAACUUCAGACAGAACUAUUGGAAAACACAACUGUUAGAAGUGAGACUUCUCCUGAAAGGGAGAAUUACAAACCUUUAAUUCCUGGAGAAGAAAAAGUAAAAUAUAUUUCACUUGAAAUGAAUCCAUCAGCUACUGUUGAUUCUUCUGUGGAAAUGAACAGUCCAGAGUUUAGUGAGGCAUCUCCACAGACAUCAUUGAAGCCAGAAGGAAAUGUGGAUGAAGCUGAUGGCUUAGAAACAGAAGUUCUGCAAGAGCCAGAUGGAACAAACAAAGAUGGUAGCUUGCCAUGCACGAUUAUUGAUGUAUGGAUUAGUGAGAUAAAAGAAACAAAGGGAACUGAGUUGGAAGAUAGGAUCACUGUUCAGCAAAAUGAAGUUCCUGAAGAUGAAAUCUCAAACAAUGUGGACCACCUUAGUGAAGUUGAUAUUAGACCUGAAAUAGGUGAUUCUCAGCACCCUAAAUGUGAUGUUGAUAAAUCUGUGCAACCAGAGCCAUUUUUCCAUAGAGUGGUUCUUUCAAAACACUUGAACGUAGUCUCUCAAAUUCAGUCAAUUCUUUGUUCACCAGAAGAAUCCUUUCCGCUUCGAUCUCGCUCUGAUUCACCACCAAAAAAUAAAAGCCAAAAUUCCUUGCUGAUUGGACUUUCAACUGGUCUAUUUGAUGCAAACAACCCAAAGAUGUUGAGGACGUGUUCACUUCCAGAUCUCUCAAAAUUGUUCAGAACACUGAUGGAUGUUCCCACUGUAGGAGAUGUAUGUCAAGACAAUCUCGAAAUAGAUGAAAAUGAAGAUGAGCAUAUUAAGGAAGGACCAUCUGAUUCUGAAGACAUUGUUUUUGAAGAAACUGACACAGAUUUACAAGAACUUCAGGCCUCUAUGGAACAGUUACUUAGGGAACAACCUGGAGAAGAAUACAGUGAGGAGGAAGAAUCAGUCUUAAAGAACAGUGACAUAGAACAGACUGCAAAUGGGACAGAUCUGGCAGAUGAGGAUGACAAUCCCAGCAGUGAAAGUGCCCUAAAUGAAGAAUGGCAUUCAGAUAACAGUGAUGGUGAGAUUACCAGUGAAUGUGAAUAUGAUAGUGUCUUUAACCAUUUAGAGGAACUGAGACUUCACCUGGAGCAGGAAAUAGGCUUUGAAAAAUUCUUUGAGGUUUAUGAGAAAAUAAAAGCUAUUCAUGAAGAUGAAGAUGAAAAUAUCGAGAUUUGUUCAACAAUAGUUCAGGAUAUUUUAGGAAAUGAACAUGAACAUCUUUAUGCCAAGAUUCUUCAUUUAGUCAUGGCAGAUGGAGCCUAUCAAGAAGUCAAGAGCACUAAACAUGGUACCAGACCGGUGGUAUAG